AUGCUCGCGCCGAGCCGAGCUUGGAGUGCUCGUCGCGUUGUGCUGGGCGACGGCCGCCUCGUGCGCGCACUGGCCAAGAAGGCCAAGGCGCCCGAGAAGGCGGGUGCUGCGCCGCCGCCUCCACCGUCGGGGAGCGGCGUCGUGCGAGGCGCCAACAUACUGAAGGACGGCGCGGACCCGCCGAUCCUGCCCGACUCGGAGUAUCCGGACUGGCUGUGGACAAUACAUCAGCCGAAUCCGCCGUUUGAGGAGCUGCUGGAGAGGGCGGAGAGGGACGGGGUCGACUCGCUCGGGUACUUCGAGCAGCGGCUGCUGCUGCGCGGGUACAGCAAGAAGCGAAUCAAGGAGCACAACGCCGAGCGAGGCAAGUAG